AAAUGAAUUAAAUGAUGCUAGUGCCACAGUAAUAGUUAUCAAGGAUAAGAACAAAACGCGAACGCAUUGCGGACACAUUUUCAGAUUAAGUACUAGACCUUCCCCAUGCUCCAUUGAUUUAUAUCAAUUUAUAUAAGGAUCGCUAUUGGCUUAUUCUUUCCGUAUGAAGUUUUAAGCACUUCUCGAUAAGUCGUUAAAGCUCUUCCGCAUAAAGCACUUCCGUAAAAAUAAAGAACGUUUUCAAUGUAGCUCUUCCUAAAGGAACGUUAGAGAUAGGUGCUUCGACUGGAUAAUGAUCCAUUUUUUCAAAAAGAGCGUUUUCUCACAGACUUGACGCCAUUAGCCUUGCCUUGCAUUUCAAACAAAAUUUAUUUAAAGCUUUCCAAAGGUAAUUACCGCAGGUCCAUCCCCGAAGGUCUUCUAUUUCGAAAUCUUUUUUAUACGGACAGGUAGAGAGGCGGACAGACGUACAUACUGUAACUCGGCUAGUUAUUAUUAUUCUAACGUAUGUACACUGUUUACCAAUAUUGCAGGUUUAUUGUAAUAUUGCAGGUUAAAUUUGAUAAAUGAUCAACAAUAGGGUUGGAUGUUUUCAGUGGGGGAAUCUAUGUUGCUCUUCUAGACUGUCUGUUGUAUUCUCGAUCAGCGCGAACUGCCACGUCGAUUUAGAAUUCUUGGCUUCCUUGGGCUUUUAGAUAUGCGCAAGAGUCGCUGAAAGUUUAAAUGUGUGUGUGGUCAUCGUUUCGUAGAAAACUAGGGAGACGCUUGCCGUUUAUAUCUUUAUUGUGCUUCCACUUUGUUUUGUGGGUGCGGGAUUUGUGGACGGCGAAGUGUGUGGAAGUGGGUAUAUCUCAUGUUUGCUGUUUUAUUUACGCCGUCGAUCGCAACGCCGUAAGAUUGUUUAGUCUGCAAAAACAAUAACAACAGCGAAAAUAUAGAUCGUCUUACGCACCAAUACAAUGACACUUGGGCACUGCCAAGCGCACACAACUGUCUCUUGCGGCGAAUUCACUUCGACUGAGUGGGUGCGCGAGUAGUGAUGACACUUUAGCAUUAUCGAUAGUCCGUUGGGCGAAAUUUGUGAGUUACUUGAUUUGUUGUUUGUUAGUUUUAAAACCCAUUAGGGAAUUUAGUAAUGGAAGUUGGUUGAUUUGCUAACGGGCUGCAUCGCAAUGUACUAUAAAGAUAUUUUAUUUCCCUCUGGAGUUAUCGAUUGUUAUUGAAACCACCCGCCUCGUACUCGGCGCCACAGAUGUUGUUGUCAUUCCUUUGACGACGCCGUUCUGUGCUGCCUUCUUUAGAAACGUUAAUUAAGGUUUAGAAAUGAAUAGAACUCUGUUUCUGUUUAUACAUUGCGUAUUCUUAUAUAAGAAGUCGCGGUUUUGAGGGAUAUUCAUGGCGCACUAGUUGUGUUUAUUCGAAGAGUCGGAUACAAAUCGACAGAACAGGGCCUGCUGCAAAAUGGAGGAUAGCGAGGACGACGUGGUGGUGGUGAGCUGCGAUACCUCAAUGCAGGAGCAUUGCAGAAAGGCCAAACUGGUGGAGAUCCGCAAGUUUGUGCCCUUUAUUCGGCGUGUGCGAUUAGACUUCCAGGAGACUAUGUCCGAGGUUCAGGGCCAUCGUCUGGAUGCCCUGGUUAAUCUGCUGAAUCGCGAGGAUGUAUCGAUAAGCACUCUUAACAAGAUCGAGGUGUUCAUUGAUAAGCUAAAGACACGAUUCAAACCGAGGAUUGAAAUUGACACUGGCGAAAUCAUUGAUAUCAGUGAAAACACUGAGUAUGAUUCCAUCGCGUCGACUUCCUCCGAGUCAAGCGCACAGCCACCACCCUCAGAUAAAGGUGGCCUGUUGAACGGCUCAUCUCUUCCCUCAGCGGCUUCCACAAAUCCAAAGCCUUUGGAUCCGAAUGGCAGGAUAAAUGGUUCACUUAACCCCGCAUCAGAUGCUACCAAGGACUAUCCACCGAAGCCAAAGAAACGAGAAUUGGAGCGCAACUCAAAAGCCUCUUGCUCAAUAUCAAAAAUUAACACUUCUUCCGUUUCUGCCAAGAAGAUUUCAGUUUUUCCAGCCACUUCAAAGGCUUUGAACAUCCCAAAAACUACCAGCGCCAAGGCAUCAGAUGAGGUGCAGCUGUCCCCAACAGAACCACGUACCUCCCCUCAAGCUGUAGUUCAGGAUACGGAAACACCAACUAUUCCAGAACCAACAUCAGCGGCGCUUAAGCAUUCCUCACUUCGUGGCAGUCGUGGAUUUCUGGCUGUCAUGCAGAAGUCCUUAAUUGAAGAGAAGAAGCAGCGAGCUAGCGAGAAGAAAACUGAUAAAGAAACUAACUUCUCUCGGCGAUCUUAUACGACAUCGUCACAGUUAACCUGUCGUUCUUCAGAAAAGCCGGUAAGAGCAGAAAACCCAGAUUUUGAGCGACGGAGCACAUCGCUUGUGCAUGCUCCUUUGCAGGAGGCAUCCCCAGAGCAAUCCAAAAAAGACGUACCCAUGUCGUUGUCGGUACAGGGUAUACCAGCUUUGGUCAGUGCGAGCACUCCAAGUCCAGCAAAUACGCUUGAGGAAGCCCGCAAGAAGUUGGCGGCCUUGCAAUAUGGAGUAGGAACGGGACCAAGCAUACCUCCACUGGCCUCUAACUCAAAUGAUCCACGCGGCAGAAAAGGAAUAAACCAGCCUAAAACUAACAUCAAUAAAGACAACGACUUGAGCGUGGCACUGCAAUCCCCGCCGCCUAUGCGGACUCCCUCGCCUAUUCCGCCGCCACCGAGUAUGAAGGCCGGUACGUGGGCCUCAUUUUCAAAUGUUCCCCUGGGAAGCGCCUUUACAGACCGGAGUGCUCCGCAACACUACUCGGUAGAUUCUCAAGCUUUUGGGGAUGCUUUGGCACAUGAACCCAGGUCCUUCUAUGACAUUGAUUCCCGAGAACCACGUGACCCUCGUAUCUGGAAGAGCAAGACCUCCCAGCAGCAGCAACAUCAGCAGACGCCACAGGCACAAAUUCCGCCGUAUUCCAGUGACCCGCGCCGUCCUACAAGCAUCUACAGCGGUUACGAAGAGUUAGCCAAUAGAGGGCAAACUAAUAGUAAAAAUAAUCAUAAUCAUAAUCAGAAUGUUAACGCCAAAGGAAGUGCAUACAUGUCCAACUGGACUGGAGGUCAAUAUGGAAACGGUCCAAACCCAAGAUCGCCCUUUCCUAGCAAUCAGAAUGGGAAUGAAUAUACUGGUGGUUUUAAUGGAUCGCAUAGUUUCAGGGGCGGAUUUCGCGGCGGUCACAACAGCCGAGGCUUUGGACGACAGACAGACGUGCCACGCACAUAUGGGGAACACCGCAAAGCCAAGGCCCGUGCUGAGGCGGAGGCCAAGGCUAAGGCUGCGGCGGAGCUAAGCAAAUUGGAAACGGAAGUUUUGCGGCAGCUGGAAGCCCAAGAAAAAAGGAAACAGCUUGCCGCCGAACAGAAGAACAAGGCGGAGAGGAGCGAGGCGGAGAAGUCGACGAUCGCAGUGACUCAGGUUCCAGAAUUGGACACCUCCUACCGCAAUGUUAAUCUCGGGGCGCUAAGCAAGAAGCUAGACUUUCGAAUACCGAAGAAAACACUCCCAGCGGCAGCAACAAUAACCUCAACAAGUCCAGUUAAUGGCAAUGGGGAGAAUCCAAGCUGCCCCUCAAAUUCCUCCGCAAGCAAAAGCUGUGAUGCCAACCAGGACAAAGAUACUUAUAAGAAUAAAGAUAAGUAUUUUAAUAAGGCUAAGGAUAAAGACAUGGUAGAUAAGGGCAAUGAGAUGUCGGAGAACAAUCUGGAUAAGUCUGAGAAGCUUCAAAAAUCGCAGGAUAAGAAGGCAAACGACAAGGAGAAGAAGUCCGACAAAAAGGAGAAAAAGAGACUGAGAAGGGAGUCUGAAAAGAAAUCAAAGGUUGAGAAACCCCUCGAGAUUGUGGACUCGAAUGGCGUGGCCAGUGAGGAAAGCUCGGAAAAUACAGACAAUGUGGAAAAUGAACCGCCUAUUAGCGAGACUAACUCGUCUCCAGUUCCAGAGCUAGCUACCAGCACUCAGGACAAUCAACAGGCCCAGUCAGUGAGCGAGGAGUUGGACAUCCUUGCCAAAAAUCGUAAAAUGUCCGGAACUGGAAUAAAGACUCCAAUUUCGUCUACCGGAAGCGCUGCACCAAAACGACGGGGAGAUGAUGAAGUUCAAAAGUUGGAAAAUCCGACUAAAAAGAACUGCGCAACGCGGGAGGCAAAGCCUGCCAAUGAAAAAUCUGAGGAUGAUACCAUCAACAAAAUUAAAUCCACCAUGAAAGUAACUGAAGACGCUGACGUCGAGAUAGAGGUUACUGAGGAAAGACAGAGUGCUGAGGAGGAGGUGGGUACUGAGCAGAAAGAGAGUACUGAGAAGAAAGAGAGUACUGAGAAGAAAGAGAGUACUGAGAAGAAAGAGAGUACUGAGAAGAAAGAGAGUACUGGGGAGAAAGAAGAUACUGAGCAGAAAGAGAGUACUGUUGAGAAGGAUAAGCCGCCAAAGAUCUCCAAGAUAAAAAUUGUCCUUAGUCCCAUUGCCCGUACACUAGUGGUUCGUCCUGAUGAUGGCUUGAAGAACAAUCAAGAACAGAUCUUGGAAAACAAGGCAACUGAUGAGGACGAUGACGAGGAGGUCCCCGGGCCCCCAGUUCAGUUCCUACGCCGAAUUAUGCAGCGGCGCAACUCCUUGGCUCCUACGUAUAUAAAGCCAAUGGUGGACAAGGAUAAGAUUUCUUCUUCUAGUUUUACCUACGAGGACCUGCCGGAGAAGAAACGCGGAAAUCAGAGCGCCCGAAACCUGGCCAUCAUGUUCGAGAAAACUAGUGACAACUGCAGCGUGUCCACGCAAAACAUUAUUAAUGGCAAACGUCGCACUCGUGGAUGUGAGACCUCUUUUAACGAGACCCAAUUGAGCCGAAACAUCUUUGGCUUGGGCCAGAUAAACAGGUCGCGGCCAAAGGCCAGCGAGGGUAAAGCUACCAAGGCAAAGAUUCAUGCCCCUGCAAAAGAUUCAACGCGUGCUGAUGAAGAUCCUAUUCCCACUCCAAAUCUUAAGCGAAAAAGGCAAUCCAUUCAGAAGGAAACACAGGAUGUGGAAAUGAAGCCUAAGAAGGCUCGCUUGGAAACACAGGAGAUGAAUGAGGUCAGUGUCAAACCUGAUAAACAGCAGGUAGAGAACAAAGUGGAAGUCACCCAAAUGGAGGAGGAAGAAAUGUCUUCAGAGCCACUCCCCGUUCCUGAGGCUAUAGCGACACAAAAGCCUCGCGCGAAACCGCGAAAGAAGCGCAACGAGCUGGACCAGCUAAACGACGACAUUGCGCAAAUGUACUACGGGGAGGAAGUGCUGCGGGCCACCAGUCGCAGGGCUUGUACCCGGCGAUCGCGCACUUCCUCGCGCACGCGCACUUCCUCGCGCACGCGCACUUCCUCGCUCACGCGCAAUUCCUCGCAUUCCCGGACGUCCUCUGUAUCGCGAUCCGAUAGCAUCUCCACCGUAUCGGAUAUUAGCUCCAUAUUCGUCAGAAACACGGCGCGAAGGGGCAAAGGCAUCAGAUCAUCCGAAAGUGGCAUCAACCGUGCCACGUUUAAUGCAUCCUUGGUUGCAAAAAAACCAAAAUUGUGCCGUGUUAGGAUAAAGCGAUGUGCUGCAUUGAUGGAGAUGAUAAAGGACCAGGAAAAUGAGGAACAGGAGAAGAAGGAACAGGAGAAGAAGGAACAGGAGAAGAAGGAACAGGAGAAGAAGGAACAGGAGAAGGAGGAACAGGAGAAGAAGGAACAGGAGAAGAAGGAACAGGAGAAGAAGGAACAGAAGUUGAAUGAACAAAAGAUGAAGGAACAGAAGACGAAGGAAGUGGAUUUGCAAACAACAAAGCCAUUAAAGAGUAAGCCGAAAAGAAAGAAAAAAGCUAUUCUUAACAUAAAUCCCGAAUGGCACUCCCUUUCGAAGGCUGUCAUCAUGUGUGUCGUCUGCUCGAAGUUUGUUCGCAGGAGCCCACUCUGUCACUAUAUGAUUUGCCAUAAGGAGCACUAUGCCGCACGAUUGCCACCCGAUGUGCUUAAAGAGCUGCGGGCCGGGCGCGGAAAUCGACCGGAUUACUGGGUUUCACAACGCGGCGUCCACACAUUGCACUUUACUUGCCCGUUCUGCCAGAAGCCACUGCUGCUCUGCCAAAAAGGCCUGAUCGAGCACUUGACCGCCCAUAUGGGCGAGUCUCGUCACUACUGCUCCAACUGUAAUCUGCCGCAGAACCGCCUCAGUAGGCUGCUGGUCCACACCGCAUCCUGUGGGCCGGGUGCGAAGCCUCUAAGUAGCAAAGCCGUCUGCCUACCGAUGAUUGUUCAGGUGUGCCACAUCUGCCAGUUUAUGCAGUACAGCAAGGAAAAUAUGGACCGGCAUCUUACUGUUCAGCAUGGCCUAACGAUGGAGGAACUGCAAAGUGUCGAGCGCGAGGAGUUGGUGCUCUGCGACACAAUGGACGUACCACCUGCAGAUUCGAAUAAGGAUGGCAGCGCCGUUGGGCAUGGAAUUAAAAAAAACAAACCGAAGUCAAAAGCAAGUGCAGCACUUUCGGGAGUUCAAAGCACAAUCAAAAAAAAGAAACAGCAAAAAAACACAAACAGUCGCUUCAUGAAAAUGGUAAAAAAAUCCGUAAGUCUAUUGAAGCGCGAAAAAGAAGAGCAGGAUGACCAGAACAUGACCCAGGCUGACGAAGAGCCGGAAGUGCCGCAGCUCCAGCCGCCUCCGCCAGAAAUUGAGCCCAUGUUGGUGGUCAAUGAGUGUCUAAUGAACUCUGAAAUGGACACGGACUUGGAAGAAGUCUUGGAUCAGUCCGUUCAACAUAGGAGCUUAAUGGUAGACGAAAAGCCUGUGACGCUACUCAGUGAGGCCACAGAACAGCUGGAGCCUAUUCUCCCAGCCCCCAAGCCUGCCGUUCCAUCUGCACAAGGUGAAGGUGAACAGCUAGAAGUGGAGGCAGUAGUGGAUUCCCUUCAGUCACACACUGCCCAGACGGCUACUUCUAUGUUAGCGGAAGUCAGUCUAGCCGAGUUGGCUGGGGACGUACUUGAUGGUAUUGGCAGCGAUACGUCCGACUAUGAGAUGGAUGAUGAUUCAGAGCAAGUGGAUACAACUAACAAAAACGGCUACCGUGAUGAUGACGAUGAUGCGCUUACCGACGAGUGGGUGGAUCUGGAAACUGCCAAUCGCAACUCUAAAUCCGGCAAGAGCAUUUUCAGAGUGUUCAAUCGCUUCUGCUCGCGCCUAAACAAACUUCCCCGAUCCAGCAGAGCUGUGCUCUCCUCGAAUGGGAGUCAAGACAGCGAUAGCAACGCCAACAGCGACGACGACAACGAUGAUCCUGAUCCCAGCGAGCUAAUGCCAACAAUGCAACCAUUGGAGCCGGAGCCGGGGAAUUCAUCCACAUCUACAGGUGCUAAGUCGCUAUCCAAACGGGUGGAGAAUGUGGCCUUUCAAAAGUCCUCUUCAGACGAGGAUCAAAAUUGCUUGGCAGCAUCCUAUUACUGCGUGCAGCCGGGUUGCACUUUCCUCUUUUCCGAUGAGCUGGAAGGCCUCGAGAAUCACUUUGCAUUAGAGCACCCUCUUGUUCGAUGGAGCGGCAAAUGUGGCAUGUGCCAUCAGAAACUCACGGCAACGGAAACGAAUCUCACAAUUUCCGAAGAGUUGCGCCACAUGAGGGACGUGCACAUGAAGGACAUAUCCACCCUGCCUCCUCCUCAGGCAUCUGCGGUUGAAAGCCCAGCCGUUAUUGAAUCCUGCCAGAAUCAACGUGAAUCAGAAACUGAUCCCGUUCCUGGGCUUCCCAAACUGCGUGUUCGACGCUUCACUGGCGAUCGCCUUGUUGUGGAUUCACAAGCGGAAAAGAGCCAAUCGGUAGCAGUAGUUGUCAGUGAUGAUGAUAAUCAGCGAAAUGGGAUGCUAAGGGAUUUGCUGGUGGCGGAUCCACGGCCACCCAAUCAGCAGUUGGACCUUCAAGCCGCCGGACUGGGCGAGUUCCUUUGCGCCAAGCCCGAUUCACCGUCAACGGAACCGGCCAAGCAGACGCCCGUAAUAGUUGGCUAUCCGAGUGGCUUGGGCUUGAAAAUCAGCCAGGUCUUCAGCAGAACUCAGAUUUCGGCUGACUCCCUGCUAUCGCCAGUCGUAAACGAUCCCCUGCCAGAGGAGUCGCCUGCUCCUGCCGCCGUUGAAGAGAAUCGUAAUCGAUUCAAGUGCAUGGCCACCAACUGCAAUUUCGUUGCUCACAAGCUCAUGUUCAUGCGGGAGCACAUAAAGUUUCACAGCUACAGUUUCAGCAGCACCGGUCACCUGAACUGCGCGUACUGCUCCCAUGUGGCAAUCGAUGUGGACGACUACUUGCGCCAUGGAGUGAUCAUUCACGACCUGGCACCACGCUCCGAACUGGAGAGUUCAACUGGACCACCAUCUGUUAGCCAGAAAAUCAGGGAUAUGCUCAGCCAGCGGGAAAGUGGCCGUGUUCCUGCGAAAACUCAAGUCACUCUGUCUGAUGUGAUCCUGGGUCUUUUAGAUUGCACCGGAUACAGCGAGGAUAAACUGUACGCCUGUCCCCAAAGGGGCUGCAUCGUGCGGCUGACGAAUGAGCAGUUUGUAAACCAUUUGCGCUACCACAUCCGUAGCACUAAUCAGGGCAGCGAUUUGGUGAAAUGCAAGUUUUGCACCAAGUCGAUGCUUCCGCCGGCACUCCGUACGCAUCUGCAGCAGUACCACGCCCGGCACAGCAUCUUCUGCGGCAUUUGCUUGGCCACAUCGGUCAACCAGCGCAUAAUGAUAUAUCACAUGCGCACGGUGCACUCAAAGGCCUACUGCCGGCCUAACGCGCAGUUGCAGUUUGUGCGACUGCCCGUGAAGCCCGACGCGAGUAAGAAGAGCGUAGAAACCGAGUUCUUCGUGGCCGUCGUGGAAAAGCCAUUUGGCAACCUCCAGAUGCAGAAUUUCCAACGCAAGCUGUUCGAUGAAAUGGACCGUCGGCGUUCGGGCACAAAGACGUACUUCCGAAGCUCCGAGGUGCAUACCCUGCCAUCACAGCCAAUAUUUCAGCGACCGAUUUACUGUACGGAGUGCCCCUUCUCAACCACGUCAAGGGUUAACAUGCAGAUGCACCUCUAUGAGCACAAGGAGGAGACCCUUCGGGAAGCCUUCAAAUUGGCGGACUUGGUAGCAGUUCCAGGAGCAACCUCUUCGGUACCAAUUGUUCCGACGAGUGUGGUGGAGGCACCGCCGAAGCCAGUCAAAGAUUCGGAAGGACCAUCUACUUCCGGACAAAGUGGUGCUGCAGCGACGGAGCAGCCGGAAACAGUAGUUCCUGGAACCCACAAGCCCACGAAGCCACCGUUAAGCUAUGUGCCCCCGGACCAACGCUACCGCUGUGGCUUCCUCCGAUGUGGCGAGCUGUAUUUCUCGGAAUCGGCGAUGCGCAAACACAUGGUGACUAGCCACAAAUACUCAGAGGUGGUAAGGUGCCCGCACUGCAAGAACUGCCAGGGUCAGUUCGGCAUAGAUAAGUACUUUGACCAUCUUGCAAUGCAUAAGCGGUACAUCUUCCAAUGCGGCGCUUGCUCACGUCACAAUAGCAGGCGUUUCAUCGAGCGGCACAUCCAGGAACGUCACAGUACAAGAAAUGUGGACAUGAUCGUACACCGCCACAAGGACAGCAACAAGACGACCGAAGCCCGCUGGCUGAAGGCGCCUAAACUGGCGCGUCAGGCUCUAAUGGAGUACACGUGUAACCUGUGCCUCAAGUACUUUCCAACGACCGUGCAGGUCAUGGCCCAUGCGGCGUCCGUUCACAAACGCAACUACCAGUACCACUGUCCGUACUGUGAAUAUGGUGGGAACCUCGCCACCGCGCUCAUUGAACAUAUCCUUCGCGAGCACCCGGAAAGGGACGUGCAGCCUGUGCAAAUCUACCAGCGCAUCGUGUGUAAGAACAAGCAGACGCUAGGCUUCUACUGCACCACCUGUCACGAGGUGGCCAGCAGCUUCCAGAAGAUCGCUACGCACUGCGAAAGGGAGCAUAAGUCGAACAAACCGGUGCAAUGUCCCCACUGCAUUUUUGGGCAUUCGACCGAACGCCAGGUCGCCUUACACAUACACGAGAUGCAUCCCCAUGAACUCGGACUGGCAGUGGUGCAGUUCGAACGCGUGCUUAACGAAAUCCCGAACAGCAUAAGCUGGGAGAUGGGUACCCCAAUCGAAGUGGAGCCUGAGAAAGAGAUCCUGAACAGUGAGGAGGGUGUAUUCCGGCCGCUAAACCAGAGGCGGACUGUAACGGAAGUGGUGGACCUGCUGGAUUCAGAGGACGAUACGGACGAGCUCGGCGAAAAUGAUGACGCGAAAAUCGUGGAGUUCGCAUGCACACACUGCGGCGGGACAAACAGCAACUUGCCGGACCUACGCUCCCAGCACUGGACUCGCGAACAUCCGGACCAGCCCUUCUAUUUCCGCGUGCAGCCGCUGCUGCUCUGCUCCGAGUGCAAGAGAUUUAAGGGCAACGCAAAGGUACUGCGCGAGCACCUGCUUGCCAUACACUCUGUCCGGAACAUAGUGGCCGCGGACAUUCUUCAACCGUUUGAGUGCGCCUACUGCGACUACCGCUAUAAAAACAGGCAGGAUCUUGCGAAACACAUCAGUGAGAUAGGUCACCUGCCCAAUGACCUGAAGCACGUAACAGAUGAUGAAAUUGAUGCCCUGAUGCUGCUCAGUGCCAGUGGAAGUGGUGGGGCUGUUAACGAAUACUACCAGUGCGGGUUGUGCAGUGUGGUUAUGCCAACGAAGGAGACUAUUGGCCAGCACGGCCAAGUGGAGCACUCCAAGCCUGGCGAGCGUUUCUGCUUCCGGCAGCUAGUGUCGCCAGUGAUAUACCAUUGUUCCUUCUGCAUGUUCAACUCAACCGAUGAGCUGACCACGCUGCGCCAUAUGCUGGACCACUACAGCCGCUUCCAGGUUUGCCAUUUCUGCACACGCUCCCAGCCGGGUGGUUUCGAUGAGUACAUCCAGCACUGCUAUACUUACCACCGGGAAGAUAUCAAAAGCUUCCGGAAAGUGCACACGUUUAGCGAUCUGAAGAAGUACCUCAGUCAGGUGCAUUACCAAUUCCAGAACGGGUUGAUUAUCACAAAAAGCAGCCUUCGCUAUACGCGUUACAAGUCCGACAAAUGUAUGCUUGCGCUAGAUGCUGAGCUAAUGGCCAAGGUCCAGCGGCCGCCCAUUCCGCGUCUGCAUAUCAGACUCAAGUCGACUGGCGUUCAGAUGCAGAGCAGCCAGGGGGAUGAAGUGGAGGAACCUGUGUCGUUGGUGCGGAUCACAAAGCGGCGAAAAACGCUUAAUCCUGGGGAACUGCUCCGCUUAUUCCGCCAGGAGAAUAAGGUACAGCCACAGCCACCGGCUUCUUCAACAUCGUCGGGGACGUCUAUUCCACCAGCGGAAGGUUCUAUGUUCAACCUGUUCAAACGCCGCAACAGUCUCGUUGUUCGCCCUGCAGCCAACAACUUGGAUCAACACUAACACCACAACAUUAUUAUUAUUAUUUUUUUUUAUGUCUACUGGACCCCAAUUAUGCAUAUUUCGUACUAGUUUCAAACUACUAAAGCAUUUUUUUUAAACAUAA